AUGCAAGCUAUAAUUACAUGUUUAAUUAUAAAAGGUUAUAUGUAUAUUUAUUUUUAUCUUAUUGCUUUUAUACUAAAGUCUUUUCGCAUGAUUUCCUUCAAUUUCAUACAUUAUACUUUUUUGCACAUUUAUUUCUGUUUCAUCAUUAAAAAUGAACAUUUUUUGCGAAGUGUAAUUAAUACAUUAUAAUGUCGUCCUGUGUGCUAUCUAGCUUAUUAUAACUAGCGUGUACAAGUCAUAAAUUAUUUGUUAGGAUAUUUAUUUAAAAAAAAAGACAGCUACAAGAUGGAAGAAGAACGAGGAAAUGUAGAAGUUUCAACAAAGGUUACAGAGCCAUUACUCGGUGUACCAAACCCAAGAGCCCUACAACAAACUGUUCCUUCUGUACCUGGUCAAUCAAAAUAUAUACAACUGCUUAAUGUCAUAGAAGAACUUGGCCACGAGGUUAGACCUACCUAUGCUGGCAGUCGUACUUCUAUAGAAAAAAUUAAGCGUGGUAUUGUACAUGCACGUAUCUUAGUUAGGGAAUGUUUAGUUGAAACUGAGAAAAGUGCUCGUCAGUGA